GGCUCGCUCUCAGUCGUCAGUCUUGAGUCGGUGGGCUCGAGGCGCGUGUGGCCAUGUGCUGAGAUCUGCUAUACAGUGUCCAACCGAGUGACUUCUGCGCUUGUUGCACCAUGGCCGCAGCCAAGCCGCACGACAUGAACGGCGGCUCCGAGAUGGACCCGUGUCUGAUGCUGGACGGACACCGAAAGGCCAAGUUCGCCGAGGACGGAAACUCGGUGGACGUCGACACGCCGAAGGGCAUCGCCAGGAAGAGCGCCCUGCACCGGGCCGAAACCUACCUUAGGGAGAAGACCGAGCUCAACCGGCGGCAGUUGAUUUUCGUGCUGGCCACCGUGUUCGCCCUCUUCCUCCUGCUCAUCGUCGUCAUCGUGCUGGCCGCCUGCUGGCCGCGCUCCACGCACGCCAAGGACUUCCCCGUCUGCAGACUGCCCGCCUGCCUCCAGGCCUCAGCUCAGAUGUUGCACAUGAUGAAUGAGAGUGUCUCGCCGUGCCAUGAUAUUAGGAGUUUCUCCUGCGGAGCGUGGCUCAACGACCACCCUUUGCCUUCAACAAGGUCAAUUUGGAACCAAAAUAAACAGCUGGAGUUUGCAACUCGGCAGCGGAUACGAGAGCUGAUCAACACAAUGCCACACGAGAAUCGAAUCACGUCAGUGUCAUGGAAGGUGAAACACUUUUACGAGUCGUGCAUGUCGCUGGACAACCUGGAAGCAGACAAGGCGCAGCCGCUCAGGAAAACCAUCACUCAACUCGGUGGAUGGCACGUUUUGCGGGACUUUGAUAUGCUCUCCUGGGAUUUUCCACGCGUCUUGGAAAUCCUACACAAAGACUACGGCGUUAGUCCUUUCUUUAAGAUUUCGGUGGUUGUAGACGCCAGGGACCCAAGUCAAAACAUUAUUCAAGUCAGCCCAUCUGGACUUGGACUUCCUGACAGGAGUUACUACUAUCGAGGGACGAACAACCCUGUGGUGAUUGCCUACAAGCGGUACUUAAAAGACAUGGUCCAGCUGCUGGGUGCCACUGGUCCGGACGCCUCGAGUUUCGCUGAAGAGAUGUUCCAUUUCGAGAAGCGUAUCGCCGAGAUUACACCGUCAUUAGACGAAUUGCAGGACCCAGCCACCACGUACAAUAGGAUAACACUAGAGGCCCUCAAGAGCCAUGCUCAGUCGAUUCCGCUGCUGCAAAUCUUGAACGCGAUGUUCCCGAAAAAGAACAUUGCCGAGUCCACCGAGAUUCUUGUCGUGUCCAGGCAGUACCUUGGCACAAUCUCCAGGAUUAUUUCGACGACAGAUAGGAGCGCUCUGAACAACUACGUUCUGUGGACAUUCGCCUCUGCUUACUUGCCCUACCUGUCUCAAGAAUACACUGAAAUUGUGAACGAAUACAUCAAAGGAUUGACAGGUCUGUCAGAGCCGGUGCCCAGGUGGGAAAUUUGUGUGAGCACCCUACAGAAGUUCAUGGGCCUUGCCGUGGCUGCCAUGUACCAGAAAGCAGAGUCAGACACGGAGCAAAAACGCAAAAUCGUGACAGAGAUGUUUGACGACCUGAGAGGAGUCAUCAGUGAAGAAGUGUCUGCGUCAAACUGGAUGCCCGAAGAGCUGAAGGACCACGUGUUCCAAAAGGUGGCCACCAUGGGCAUUCAGGUUGGAUUCCCACAGUUCAUGCUGGAAAACUCGUACCUGGAGAACUACUACUACGACUUCUACAUCCACAAGAAAGAUUUCUUCACCAACAUCAAGUACGGGGUUGUGUUCAUCAGAAGAGACGACGCCCUGCGCAGGUACAAAGUGCCUUCGGAGGAGAACCGGUGGUCAGACUCCCUGAUCGGCUCGGACGUCGUGUACGAACCGACGGCCAACCGCAUCAUUGUUCCACUGUCUCUGCUGCAGCCGCCCUUCUUCCAGGGAUACCUGUCCAGAGCGAUGCUGUACGGAACGCUGGGCGUGCGGCUGUCCAGCGCCAUCGUGGCGAGCACCACCCUGUACGGCGGCGUGUUGGCAGACUCUCAGGGUCGGCUGCUGCUCCCUGAGACUCCGAGCAUGAACAUAGACGGCUCGUCCAUGCCCAGCAGCAUCCAUGCUCAGGCAAAGGCGGCCGCGAGGAGGGCGCAGCUGUGUCUCGUGCACUCGCUGGCCAGCACUGAGAGUGAGACUGACAGAAUCAGGGUCAACAGGACUGCCCACCAGGUCAACACCAACAUCAACGCUGUCUCCCUGUCAUACAGGACAAUGAUGAGGACGUCGAAAGUGCUGCCUCACGUGCAUCAGCCUGCGUUGGAAACGUACGAAGACGAUGCGCUUUUCUUCAUUUCAUACACGCAAAUGACCUGCUCACAAGCGGCUCCUCAGCAGCAAGACAUGGACGAAGUCGUGAACUAUCAACUGGACGACGUUUUCCUGUUGCGGCUGACUAUGAGAGAGCAGCAGGCAUUCAGCAAAGCGUUCGACUGCUCCCGAGAAUCUCUACUCUAUUCCAGAACGAGCUGUGUCAAAUACUGAAGAGUGAGGCGCAGACUUGAUCAUCGUGCAGAACCAACAACUUACAAAAACAAACAUUCAGCAUAGCCAAGCACCGUCCAGCAUUUCCAGUUCUGUUGAAGCAUUUUACGUUGAAGAGAAUCCAUGUCAUGUAUUACUUAUUAGUGUUAAUGUGCCAAUAGUAUUUUAAUGAGCAUCACGCGGCUAGAUUUCGUAUUAGCAUUUUUAAUUUUUAGCUAUUCUUGUUCCUGAAUUUGGCAUGACAACAAACUAUAUACGUGCGGGAUCGUCGAAUUUUGUGUACAUAUUUAAGAUGAUUCUAGGAUGAGACGGUAUUCGAAAGAGACUUCUGAGUGUGUAAAUACGAGAGUUUGUCGGCAACAAAAUUAAGGUAAAAUAAUAUCUGUUUUUCGAUACAAAACAAAAAUGGCAAACGAGUAAGUUAGAAAAUCUGCAAAGAAAAACAAUGCUGCACUUUGUGAGAUUGUUGAUCGAUGCAAUAAUUAAUCGUUAUAGAGUGCUUGUGGUGAUGUACAGCUUGUUUCAAUUAAACGUUGCACAAAUUUGACCAAAA